GCCCCCACCCUAGCUGUUUCCAUGGAGACGGGGCGCGGCGCGGCUGGUGCGUUCUCUCGCCCCGUCCCCGGGGGAGGAGCCAGACCUUUGGGCCCCGCCCCUCCCCACGUGACCAUCAUCAUAGUCGCGUCGCCCCCGGAGCUGCCAAUGGGAGUAGUGCGGGGGGAGUGGGGCUGGUGGGGUCUGGGGACACCAGUGGGACCAGUGGCUGGCUACUACUGAGACCCGUGAGGGCCUGGAUAUACCAGUGAAACCAGCAACCAGCUACUAUUGGGACUAAUAAGGACCUGGGAAGACCAGUGACACCAGCACCUGGGUGCUACUGGGACCAGUAAGGGGAAGAGCAAUGGGACCAGCAUCUAACUGCUGCUGGUGCCAGUAAGACCUUGGAAAUGCCAAUGAGACCCAUAACCAUCAGCUCCUGAGAGCAAUAAAAGGCCUAGGAAGACCAAUGAGACCAGCAGCUGACAGAUAAUGGGACCAGUGACCAGAAGAUACCGGGACCAGUAAGAGCCUGGGGACACCGAUAAGACCUGUAAUCAGCAGCUACUGGAAGCAGUAAGAGUCCUGGAAAUACCAGUGAAACCAGUUACCAGGUGCUGCUGGGACCAGUGACCAGAAGAUACUGGGUCCAGUAAGGGGCCUGUGAGAGCUGCUGGGACCUGUGACCUACUCCCACUCUGCCCCCCAGCAGCCCCCAGUCCUCCCAGUCUCUGCCUGGCACUGGGACCAGUCUGGGGCUGCGGGUCUGGUGGCGGGGGGCCCAUGGAGACACCUGCACCCGGCACGGAGCCCCCCAUUCUGCCAGCAGGCUCGGACCCAUCAGUGCCACUGUGGCAGUUCCUGCUGCAGCUGCUGGGCCAGCGUGGUGCUGGGCACCUCAUUGCCUGGACAUCGCCGGAUGGGGAGUUCAAGCUACUGGAUGCCGAGGAGGUCGCCCGACUCUGGGGGCAGCGCAAGAACAAGCCCAACAUGAAUUAUGACAAGCUUAGCCGUGCCCUGCGCUACUACUACGACAAGAACAUCAUCCGGAAGGUCAGCGGCCAGAAGUUCGUCUACAAGUUCGUCUCAUUCCCAGAACUGGAGGGAGGCGGGGCCGAGGAGGGGGCAGGGCUACGGAGGGUGGAGCUGGAGGCCCAGGGGGUGGGGUCAGGGGAGGUGCCGCCCCCUGGCUCCACCCCUGGUUCCACCCCACUGCCUCGCAGCAGCCGCAACGAGUACAUGCGCUCGGGGUUGUACUCAACCUUCACACUCCAGUCGCUGCAGGCCCCACCCCUGCUCCGUGGCCCUGCCCGCCUUGGCACCACCCCCACCUCAGCACCACCCCCACCUGCCCGUCCGGCCAUGGGUGAAGAGGAACCUCCUGCCCCUGACGCAACAGUCACUGAGACCCUGGAACUGCAGGUGGUCGUGGCCCCACCCCCAGCCCUAGAGAGCCCCCUGGAGGAGCCGCUACAACUGGGGCAGGUGGAGCCCAAGCUCGAGGGGGCAGAGCCUAUCCUGGCUCUGCUGGACCACACAGCCCCCCCAGAGCUGCUGGAGCCCCUUGGGCGAGGAGGGGAGGAGCCUGAGGAGGCCCCACCCCCUGAACCUGGCCCUGUCUCCACCCCUGCUGAGGGACAGCCCCCCAAGGGCCGGAAGCCUCGGGACCUGGAGCUGCCAGGGCAGGACAAGGGGGGCAGUGGGGCUCUGCUGGCACCUGGGGGGGCUGGCCCUGCCCUCACUCCCAGCCCUGCUCUCUCUGGACACACCUUGACCCCGGUGCUGCUGACCCCAAGCUCCCUGCCUCCGACCAUCCACUUCUGGAGCACCCUGAGCCCCAUCGCGCCACGGAGCCCGGCCAGGCUGAGCUUCCAGUUCCCAACCAGUGCAGGGGCCUCGGCACCCACCCCGUCCCUCAGCGUGGACGGCCUCUCCACUCCUGUCGUCCUCUCGCCCGGGCCUCAGAAGCCAUGACACCGACAUCCGUCCACAUAUCCAUCCACCAGAUCUGCUUCCUCAAGGCGCUCCACUACUGCCUCAGGGUCCACCCCUUCCAUUUUUGGGGGGGCCUCUGGGACUCCCCUCUUUGGGAGAAGGGGUCUAUUUUUCACAGCGAUGGGAAAUGUCCUCCCCUUGGAGCCCUGUUAGGGGGCCCCUGGGUGUUUACAUGUGGGGAGGGGGCUGGUUUCAGGGGCUCUCCUAGCCCUGUCACCCGCAAUUGGCCUGGCUGCUAGGCAGCCAUCUUUGUUUUUGAGGGUGCAGGGAGUAGCAAUGGCAGCCAUCUUUGUUUGGACAUGGCCAAGAUGGUAGUCAUUUUGGUUCGAACCAGACUGAGGCUGCCAUUUUGGUUCAGAAAUGGCCAGAGUGGUGGCCAUUUUGGUUUUGCCAAGGCUGAUGCAGCCAUCUUGCUUUGGACAUGGCUAGGGUGGCCCUUCUGACUUGAUGAAAGCCAAAGUAUUGGCCAUCUUUAGCUCAAUAUUUGAGGGUAGGGGGAGGAUUUUAGUGGGGCAUUGACCAUUUUUAUCAUGACCGGAUUCGACCUGUCAGCCAUCUUGGUUUUGGUUUGGCAGGGGUUGGGGUUGGAGGGGAUGGAAUCACAGCCAUAUUUGUUCAGCCAGGGUCAAGGGGAGAGGGGGAUUGUUGGCCAUGUUGGUUUUGGUCGAAAUUUUCAGGCUGGCCCCUUGUUAGUCACGUUGAUUUGGGCUGGUAUUGGUGGCAGCCACGUUGGUCAUGGCUCAACGCUGCAGUGGCCAUAUUUGUUUUGGCUGACAUUGCUAUUGGCCAUGAUUUUUGGUUUUGGGAAGAGGUCAGCCAUGUUUAUUUUGGCUUUGAAGGGUAUUGGCUUUGUUUGCUUUGGGUGGUGGCCUCGGCCGUGUUUUUUUUGGCUUGAGGGAUGGUGUUGACCAUGUUUGUUUUGACUUUGUAAGGUGUUGGCCAUGUUUGUUUUGGCUUGGGGGGGGGGGAGCAUCAGCCAUAUUUGUUUUGGCUGGGGAAGAUGUCAGCUAUGUUUAUGGUCAGCAUUGACAUAAGCCAUAUUUAUUAUGGCUGGCCGUUGUGUGUGGCGGCCAUGUUUUUUUGAUGUGUGUCUGGGGAGAGGGACCUGUUGGCCAUGUUUGUUUUGGCUGGGUCAGAUGUGCAGCAGCAUGUCAGCCAUGUUUGUUUUGGCUUUGGAGGGGGUAUCAGCCAUGUUUGUUUUGGCUAGGGCCAGGUUGGUCAUGUUUUGUUUUGGCUUCAGGAGGGUGUGUCGGUCAUAUUUGUUUUGGCUGGCAUCGCUAUCAACUGUUUAUUUUGGGUGGGCAGGUCAUGGGCCACCCUUGACUGGAGAGGCUACAUAGCAUUAGCAUCAGCCAUGUUGGGGGCAGGGGCGCCUGCCAUGUUUCUUUGUGCCCCUGUCCAUUGCUGUGUUUACAGCAGAUGGAGACAUCCAGACCUCCCUAUUUUGUCCCUUGAUUUCCUUCCUGGGGGGUCAGAAGUUGUCAGGGUGGAAGUCCCACCUCCUCUUACUUUUUUUUAUUCCUGGAGGUCACCAUGGAAACUUUCUCUUCCCUGCUUGUCGCUAUAGAAACCGUGGAGGAGGAAGCCCCACCCCUUUUUAUUGCAAGGGGACCUCUGUGCCAGUGGUUUUGUUGAUUUAUUUCUUGACAAUCAGUUGUUACCAUGGAGAUGGCCCACCAGGAAAUCCUGCCCCCUCCAGCCCCACCUCUUGCCUCCUGGCACCUUUUAGAGCUUGGGUCCCUGUUACUGGCUUCCUGUCUGUUACUGGAGAAACAGCUGAGGCAGAAGUCCUGCCUUUCAAGGACUCUCGUGAUUCCCACUUGCUUCAUUGCUGUGGUAAUGGUGAAAGAGGAAGUCUUGCUUUGUUUCCCCCACAUUGUCCCCUGCCUGCGGUUUAGGGCAAUGCUUUCUGUCACCACAGAAAUGUCAAAUGAGGAAGUCCUGCCCUCACAAAAGAGGAAGUUUUGCCUUUUCUCCUUCCCCCUUACAGCCUCCCAGGAUUGCCCUGAGACUGCAAGAUUUAUAAUACAUGAGGAUUAGUGGGGAAGAAUUUGCCUUGGCUGACUUUCACAACUCUUGGGUAGGUGUCAUUCAGGCUUUUCUUUUCCUCCGGCAGACAUGCUGAGGCUUUCUUCACAGCUCCCACCAGACCAGGAGCUCCUUCUGCCUUUCCAGCAAUGGUCAGGGAUGCGGCUAACCAAAGCAUCAGCCUUUUUCCAGCCUCUCUGGGAAUCACUUUCACCACCUUCACAUGGCUCUUGGGAUGUCUUUUGGUCCCCACUACUUGUCCUCAGGCUCUUCGCUGGGUGUCUCAGCCUGCCAGCUGCGAAUCUGCCUCCAAUGCCUUUAGCUUCCCUUUUCAAUAUGCUAUGUUUUCUCAUUUUGAAGAGAAACUUCCCGCUAUCUCUCCUUUUCUCAAUCCAAGUUGCUUGAUCUUUUCCCUUUCACUUUGAAGGCAUCUGGGCCCUUUAUGGGGACAGGCUUUGACUUCAAUUUCUUUCGUUUUCUCUUGAGGUCGGUAACGCCAGCAUUUCUUUUUUCUGGUCUUGCUGCUUUCCCCCUCUUUCUUCUGUCCUACUACUUUUUCUUCUCCAUUUUAAGGAGGAAAAUCUCCCUGCUUUGAAAGCCUCCGUCCCCUCCUGGCACCGUGGCCCUGCCGGCUUCAGGACCCCACACCUGUCUUGGGUAGAGUGGAGAGAUUAUAAUCUGUGUUCUCAACCCAGAGUCACCCGGAGCUGCACGUGUGUUGCUCUGUCACCCUUUCGCGGUCUCCUUUCUGUGCUAGACCUGUCCUGGGAAGGGGCUGGAAACCCUUUAUUUAUUGCUGCCUGUUCCCAGAGUCCUUUUUAUUGUGGGGUGGGGGUCCUUGAAGACCCAGCCCCUUAGGCAGCUGCUGGCUGCCUGACUUUUUUGGGCUUUUAUAUGAUAUAAUAUCCAUCUAUUUUUUAACAAGGGGGGUGGAGCUUAGCCCGGAUUAACCCAGCCACUGGCUGGGGGUGUCUUACCCCAGGGUAAGUUGGGGGGAGCAGAGAAAGGUAUUUUUCAGUCAUAAGAAACUUUGCACUGCCCCAUGGGGGCUUUGUUUCUUCUUUUCUGAUGCAUCAAGCACUUU